GGAAACAACUCUAGACAAGACAUAAAAUAUACUACCCCUUGGCCCCUAAAUCCGAAAGAAAAAUAAUGCACGAGAGCCACAAGGACGAUAAACAAUGAAUUUCUGGGCUCCACGUUGACAUGCAUUCUUUCGAGGAAAUCUACAUUAUUAAAUCACGUGGCACCAGCUUGAACACAUAAAAGGCUGUACUAAAUGCUCACCAUCUAAGCGGACCACACAGCCCACAACACAAGGUACAAGAAGCCGAAAAAACGUGUCUAUAUCAUAUAGAAAGCAGAACCCACUAAGCUCUGUGGUUCAAGACUCUACUGCAACUCAGCAGAGCUCCUGUGGACCUUGAUGUAAUCAAAGUGUUAAACUUUUGACGUUCGAUAAUUACAUAGGCAUCUUCACAUGAUACACGACAAAGAAAAAACAAAUGAUUAAGUCGCUAUCUCAUUUCAUUUUAUACUUUAAUCAGAUAAAGAAGAAACCUUUAAGCUGCUUUUUCAUCCUAAAUCCUGAUCACUCACCAUUUCCCCUGUCUACGCACUGCAACUCGCAACGACUAUGAAACUCCCAACAUCCCAAAGCUUAGGCUCCAUGUUCAUAGGAGCAAUCUACGCUUUCCUCACCUUAUCCACCUCAUUCCCAAUCGUCUACUCCACUGACACUCCAAAAUCCUACUACCACUCUCUCUUCCUCUCCACCUCCCUCGCCGACAAUGCCUCCGUGGCACACAACCUCUACAUGCUCACCCGCCGGCCGCACGUCGCCGGCACGGAAGCCAACGCCGAGACCGCCGACUACGUACUCACCACCCUCACUUCCCACAACAUCAACUCCCACAUAGUCUCCUAUGACGUGGCGCUGACCUACCCUGACUCACGUUCCCUGACGCUGACUCCCAAACCAGGCCAUCCACCGGUAGCGUUCGAUCUCCGUCAGGAGAUCUACGCCGGCGAUCCCUACGCCGACGUGGCGAGCCAGGUCAUGCCCACGUUCCACGGGUUCGCCAAGUCAGGGGAUGUCACGGCGUCCGUGACGUAUGCAAACUACGGACAAGUGGAGGACUUUGCGACUCUAAACGAGAUGGGAGUCAACGUGAGUGGGACGAUUGUGCUGGCGAGGUACGGGAAGGUUUUCAGAGGGGACAUCGUGCAUAAUGCGUACACGGCAGGGGCGGUGGGGACGAUUAUAUACUCGGAUAGGAAGGACUAUGGCGGCGGAGGGAAGGACGCCGGGUGGUUCCCGGAGGCGAAGUGGCUGCCGCCGACGGGAGCUCAGAUGGGUAAUGUUUAUACGGAGGCCGGUGAUCCUACGACUCCUGGGUGGCCGAGUAAUGAAGGGUGUGAGAGGAGGGAUUAUGAGGAAGUGGAGAGGUUGGGGAUUGUGCCGGCGAUACCGUCGCUGCCGGUGUCGGGAGCGGACGGCGAGACGAUCAUGAAGUCGAUUGGUGGGAAGGUGGCCGAUGAGGAUUGGCAAGGGAGUGAUGAUGCUCCGACUUACAGGGUCGGACCAGGGCCAGGUGUUCUGAAUCUCAACUACAAGGCAAAAAAGACUAUAGCAACUAUUCAUAACGUGAUCGGGAUGAUUGAAGGAUCAGAAGAGCCUGAUAGGUAUGUGAUCCUGGGUAAUCAUCGGGAUGCGUGGACAUUUGGAGCGGUUGAUCCCAACAGUGGAACAGCAACACUUCUUGAGGUUGUUCAAAGACUGGAAAAACUGCAGAAGAAAGGCUGGAAACCAAGAAGAACAAUCAUCUUUUGCAGUUGGGACGCCGAGGAGUAUGGCUUGAUAGGAUCGACUGAGUGGGUUGAAGACAACCGAGAACUGCUGGCUUCGAGAGCUGUUGCCUACUUGAAUGUGGAUAUUGCAGUGAGUGGCGAGGAAUACUCUGCUUCUGCAACUCCUCAGCUUGAUGAAUUACUCAAACAGGCCGCUAAACAGGUUCAAGACCCAGAUAACUCAUCACAGACUGUCUAUGACUCUUGGGCUUCUGCCUCCAGCAGUUCCCCAUGGGCUGCUGUCUCCAGCAGUUCCCCAAGUGUAAAGAUUGAAAGAUUAGGGGGUGGAGGAUCAGAUUUUGCAGCAUUUGUACAGCAUAUUGGUGUAGCAUCCCUUGAAGUAACUUACGGAGGAGCUUACCCUGUAUACCACUCAAUGUAUGAUGACUUUGUCUGGAUGGAGAAGUUUGGUGACCCAAUGUUCCGCAGACACAUUGCAGUUGCAAGCAUUUGGGGAUAUCUAGCUCUCCAGUUAGCAGACAAGGAAAUUUUGCCUUUUAACUAUCAGUCCUAUGCUAAAGAGCUUCAGAGAAAUGCGGAGGAGUUGGAAGAUCAGAUAUCAAAUCAGAUAACAGUUACUCCCUUGCUUACUUCUAUUGAUGCACUAUCAAAAGCAGCAGCCAAGAUAAACAAUGAGAUAAAGGUGAUUGAAGAAACCAUAGGUUGGGCAUCAAUUGUGAAAGCUGACUUCACAAGAGUGAGGGAGAUCAAUGACAGACUAAUGAUGGCUGAGCGUGCAUUUCUUGACCGAGAGGGGCUUUCUGGAAGACCAUGGUAUAAACAUAUGAUAUAUGCACCUGCCAAGCAUAAUGUGUAUGGAACAAAGUACUUCCCAGGAAUUGAUGAUGCAAUAGAGCAGGCAAAGCGUCUGAAUACUGAAGAAUCAUGGAAGGUGGUGCAACAUGAAGUUUGGAGAGUCUCCAGAGCCAUUAAUCAAGUUACUAAGGUCCUUAGCGGUGAAUUGACAUGAAAUGUACUGUAAAAGGCGAGACUUACAGGUGCUGACAGGAACCAGCCGCCAUGCUGAAUGCCUCCAAACCAGUACCUUUCACCUCCACUUCAAUACAAGUACUUUGAAACCCCUUGCAAGAAUGGUGCAACAAAUAAAUUUCAGAAAGUCGAGUACGAUCAGAAUUAGCUUCAAAUCCUUCGUUGUACGCAUUCACCCUACUAUGUGAAUUAUCAAAAUAACCAACAAAAAAAAAUUCCCAUCAAAGGAACAAGGGCUGAUGAAAACAUGGACUGCCAGUUAAUUUGGGUUCUUGUUUUGGUUUAUUGGGGUAAAAUUAAAAUUGAAAAAUAAAA